AUGCAUAUGCUUCUGAUUGGUGGCCUUGUGGCCUUGGGCUCACGCCUGGUAGGCGCUCACCCUCCACCACACCCUCAACCACACCCUUCACCCAAAGAGUGCCUGGAUGUCUACGACUACAUAGUCGUUGGCGGAGGGCCCGCAGGUAUCAUCGCCGCCGAACGCCUGGCCGAAGCGAAGAAACAUGUCUUGUUGUUGGAGAGAGGGCCCGGCCCUACAGUUGACUACGGUGCCACUCCGCUGAGUUGGAAUGAUACCCUGACCGCGCCAGAUGUGCCCGGUCUGUACAACAGCUACGGCAACAUGGAUCUGUUCACCAGCUAUAUUUGCGACGAUACGGCGGGUACGGCCGCCUGUGUCCUUGGAGGAGGAUGCACUGUCAACCAGAUGGUAUUCAUUCACCCCCAACAGGCCGAUUUUAACGACAAGUGGCCCGCUGGAUGGCUGUGGAAGGACGUCCAACCCGCGGCUGAUCGGCUGUAUGCGCGAAACCCCGGCACCGAAUUGCCUUCGGCAGACGGACAGCGCUAUGACUACGACCUGUACGGUAUCUUGGCGGGCUUUUUCGAGAGCAUCGGCUGGAAAUCGGUUGAUCAAAUAAAGCAGCCGGACGAGAAACACCAGGUCUAUUCGUAUCCUGUGUGGAACGUUAAGGACCAGAAGCGCGCGGGCCCACUCCGAACGUAUCUGCCCCUGGCUCAGGAGUUGGACAACUUCACCUUACGGCUCGAGUCCAAGGUUAUCCGCAUCCUACGCGCCGGGCCUAAGGUGAUUGGUGUCGAGCUCGAGACUGCGUCUGGCUCGGAAAUAGUCCGACUGGCUCCCGGGGGGAAAGUCAUCCUGGCGGCCGGAGCCUUGAGCACGCCACGCCUUCUCUUCAACUCUGGCAUUGGACCUCGGGCUGAGAUCGCAAAGGCCCAGCAAGCCGGUAUCGCCGUCCCCCCGGAGAGGGACUGGAUAUCUCUGCCCGUCGGCGUGGGGGUUAUGGAUCACCCCAUUUUCUACAUCGAUGUGCAGACUAACGGAAGCUUCCUCAACGUGAACGCUACCGCGGAGUUCAUUGGGACCGACACCAGCAACAUCGAUGCCUAUGAGCAGCGGAGCUCAGGCGUUCUGACCCAGGGAAGAGACCGUCUCACUUUCUGGACAUCCCAGGUGGGAACCGAUGGAGUGACGCGGUUCUUCCAAGGAUCGGCCGGUGGCGCCGACAGCACCGGGGUCAUCGAAAUCAUCGCCUACAUCACUCAUGGGCUGACCUCGGCUGGCACUUUGGUGUUGAACGAUGCCGGCAAUGCCACCGAAUUCGAGACCAGUCCCUAUCUACAGACCCAAGGAGACAGAGAUGCUGCCAUCUGGUUCCUGCAGCAGAUGUUCGAUUUCUUCCAAAACCCUGCCGCCGACUUUAGCAUUCUGGAGUACACCAAUGUCACGGCCCUUAUGGACUCCUAUACACCAGGUAUCCACUAUGUGCACACUGCUAAAAUGGGCCUGGAUGACGGACGUCUGCCUGGCGGAACGUCCGUUGUGGACACAAACACCAAAGUCUACGGCACCGACAACUUGUACAUUGUUGACGGAAGCAUUCACCCUGAUCUUCCAACGGGCAACACCCAGGCUAUCGUCAUGAUCGUCGCCGAAGCCGCCGUAGCGAAGAUUCUCGAGGCCGAGUGUUGA